AUGGAGAAUCGAUUUAAUGCUGGAGAUUUGGUUUGGGCAAAAGUUCACCGUUACCCUUGGUGGCCUAGCAUUAUUUACCAUGAAGCCCUAUCAAGUACCAAGAUUCGAAAAUCAAAAAAAGAAGGUUGUAUGCUUGUUUCAUUUUAUGGUGAUAAUACAUACGAAUGGUUAGAUCCAAAGAAUAUCAUUCCUUUUGAAGCCAACUUCAAUCUGUACUCGAAACGUCGACAUUCUGAUUCAUUUGUGAAAGCUGUUAAUGAGGCAGUCGAUGAAGUCAAGCACAGAGCUGCCAUAGGGUUGUCUUGCCCCUGCAAAUUUUUUGCGCAGUAUAAACCGGCACCUGUUGAAGAUCUGCUUGAAGUUGAUAUCGAAGGAUAUCAAUUGGGAACGGUGUUUACAGUGAAACAGAUCGAAGACUUCAGACAAGAAUUCAAACCAGUUGAGACGCUUUCGUUUAUACAGCAACUGGCGUUGGAUUCAAGUGAUAUCCAUCUAGAUCUUAACCAAAAAAAGGAAGCAGCCCGCGCUCUUACUUAUAGAAAAGCAAACUAUGAAGAAGUUGAUGAGCCGUAUUAUCAAGCAUUUGAGGUUGAUCCUAAAAGUCUUGGAAGUUCUAUAGUGGCUUCAGAUGACCAGAAGACAUGUUUAAAUCAAGAUCCAAUUGAUCAUCCUUCCGAGCCUAAAAGCGAAGGUCAGAAAAAACGCAAAGUCAAACACCAAAACAAAAUCGAAAAAUCUCCUGCACCUCAGAAAGAUAAACCGCAUGCUACUAAAACAAAACGGUCAGAGAAAAAAAAGCUUGAUUCUAACACCAAGACUUUUGAGAAAAAGACUAAGCGGUCCAAAGGCGAGGUUGAUACAACGCUUGAUUUCAGUUUAUCUACUAUCGUUGUUAAUAAACAAGCAUCGUCAUCCGGCUCUAAGCACAACGACUCACCACCAACACCAAAAUCGUUGAAGAAAAGACAUGGAUCAAUAAGCACAACGCAUUUAGCUUUAUCUCUCCAAAAUAAGAGAAAGGAAGGUGAAAAAAGUGCGACAGUAAAUCAGAUUCUUUACCGUUAUCAAGAAAUUUAUGCCAAGUAUAGGGUAGAAGAAGCUGAGAGAACAAAUGUGCAGAUUGGCAAUGGCGGUGUAGACAUUUCGGAGAAGAUGCUAUAUCUGCUCAAAGAAUGCAACCGGGUUGUUCUCGGAUCAAAGUGA